AUGAAUCGGAAACACCGCACAUUCGUUCUCCUUCUCGUCCUAUUAUUCAUCGUCCCCAAACCCACGUCUUCUGAUGAUUGCAAGCAGUACACAACGGCGACCAAUUUGGAGUUUGUGAGUGAAUCCGACCCGACCGGCUGUAUAGUCUCAUUUCAGAUCAACGGAAAAUGUCUCGCCGCGACCACUGCAACCUUCUCUGGUGGACUAGCGUCGUCGUGUAAAACGGUGGGCAAGGGCGUCACUUACGAACCGAUUUCUAUCGAUAAUCUGUCCGAAAAUCAGUUUCUCACAGGUGAGAUUGUCGUUUUUAAUUCACAAAGCCGUGCUUCUCAACUUCAGACGCACUUUUGACGAACAACAUCGAGCUCGCGUUCAUUGGUCUUUGGAAGUACGAUUCCGGAUGGGUUUGGGCUAACAGCGACCCGUCGACUUAUAGUAAAUGGGGUGAGUGACUUUUCAAAAAAAUCGUUCUUAAUCUAGCUAGAAGAAUUUGCAAUCUAAUCGCAGUACAUACGAUUUCGCUGAGAGGAGUUAUCAAAAGUUUAGCAUGGUGUCUUCUUCGUUUUAUGUUUCAUACUUCCUCUUUCACAAGCACGCUUUGUUGUUUUCAACAUUCUGAGAAUACGCUGAGAAAAUGAUGCGGAUUAGUAAUAAGUAAGUGCCAGAAAAAAGCUUUCAGAAAGUGCUCCGGUCACGAUGGCUCCGGUCACGACAGUUGCGGUUCGGACGACACUUCCGCCCGCCGAACAGCGAAGAUCGACAGCUGUCGUCGUGGCGGUCGACGCUUCCCUCUUCUCAACGAAUGCACUCACUUUUGCGGUAAGGUUUGACUUCUGAAGUCUGUCUGAAAAUUGAAGAAGGUUACCGAUCCGCUAUUUUCUCCAGUCCGGGGAUAUUCCUGGGCUCCAAUCGGUUUAUCACACAGCACGUCUAACAGGCCGGCAAAGUCUACGGGAGACUGCGAAAUUGUGAAGCUGUAAUUUCCCAUAGAAACCUUACAUUUAUCUCUAACCUGGCUCAUUUUCUAGUUCCGUUUAAUGUAGUCACUAACAUUUAGAUUGAAUCUAUGAUUCUCAAAGUUUCAACAUUCAAGUUUACGUUUGCAGCAAGUGAAUCUCGUCCGCUCCCUGUCCCGCUACAUCGCCGAUCGCGGACCCGCCGAGUUUGCGUUCUUCGCCUACGGAUGCACUCAAGUCUCUCCGUUCACCUCCGUCUAUCCGACUUUUGUGAACACUUUUGAGGCGACCGAUCAGAUGAUUUCCGACUUGAACGAAACGAUCAUUCAUGACUGUGCGAGGACGAAUCCAUUGGAUUUUAAGAUGUAAGUCUAUGGACUCUCAGGAUAAAAGUCCCCGUUAUUGCAGAAUGUUCCGUGACCAGACUCUCUACUACAACCGCUACUCGUCGUCGAUUCGGCCGUUCAAGUCGCAGUAUCUCUCAAUGAUAUAUUUCAGUUCUUCCACGUAAAUUCAUGUGUUUUAUUUGAAUCCUAAAUCCUUAUGGUUCCAGAGAUUCCGACAAUAUCAAGUCCACAAGUGCGCUCUAUCAGAUGGCCGAUUCGAGUGUGAUCACUGUGAACGUCGGCGACUCGUCCGUCGACAUCUCCGCACUUUCGAUUCCUUCGGGCAAGAAUGGUGUGAGAGUGAAGACAGUCGAUGACAUUCUGGGACUGGUGCCGAAAAUUGAUUCGAUUAUAUUCGGAACGUCUGCUGCAAAGACGGAUUAUCAAUUUCAUAACUAUGCAGGUUGGUUCUGGCGGAUCUCGGCCCGAAAUUAUCAGUGAUCUGCCUGAUCCUACCACACUUGGUUCCGAAAAAGCGUGACAAAGUGCCAGCCAAAGAAAACUAUCACCUUGACACACCGAGCCACAGAAGCCGAAUAGAAUCGCAAAAUGUCCGUUCCGUUCAGAGCCGUCAAUCGACGCGGCCACAGUGACCGACUGCGCGUACAUCAACUCAACCGACGGCUUCUGGUACUCGGACGGCACGUGUUCGAACAGAAAGAAAGUGCUGUGUCAGUACGUGCUGCCCACUCCGGAACCGCCGCCAACCGAGAACCCGACUGUCGAAUGGAGUGAUCCGUAAGGCGGUUCUGACGAGAACAGCGCUCACGUUUCAAUCUUUUCCAGUUGCUACAAGGAGAACACCAAUUUCACCUACUUUGCCUCGCUGCUCAAUGCAAAGUGUUAUCGGGUAGCAAAUCGCAAACUGUUUGCGGGGGAUUUUGAACGAUUUCUAGGUUUCGACAGAGAAAAAACAGUUUUCGGAGGCCGAAAACGUGUGUCUGAGUGAUCAUCCGCUGUUUUUGCACACUCCGAAACUGACGUCGAUUCAGACGCAAUCGGAAGAGGAUAUGGUGAGAAGUGAGUGGAUUUUCAUGGCGAGACCCGUUUGAUAUUGUCGAGGUCGAACUUUCAGCAAUAAUCACAAACGUGGGAAACGAGGGAAUGUUCUGGUUCGGACUGAAACGCGAUCCGACCAACUCUUCCAAUUGGAUUUUCGUGAACGGCGACCAAUUCGACGUCGACUCGCAUUCCAAUUGGCGGCCAGGCAAGUCUUGAAAAAAAAAGAGAUGAAGUAUUGAAUUGAAUUUUUAGGUUAUCCACGCGAUGCGGACGGCUGCGACUGCGUGGCCCUGGUGCUAAACGACAACUCAUGGGUGAACACGGACUGCAGCAAGAAUCUGUACUCAAUUUGCGCGUUCCGCUUCAAUUCAACUGAUAAAGCAUAUUGA